AGUCAUCAUCGCCUCCAUCAACUGGUGGAGCAGAAAGUGCUUUUCAGUGUCUCGCGUCAGCUGCUGCUAAGCAACCUGGUCUGAACCGGACACGGCACCCUAGAAAGAGGGUCGACGAUUGGGCAGCAUAUGUCUAUGGUCAAUCAGCGAGAAGUUUGUUGAAUCUCGUCAUUUAGUUUGUUUUUGUGGUUCAAUUUGAAAAGAUGUCGUCUGCAAGAAGUAUCGGGAAUACGCAGUAUAUGAAAAAGCGAGUUCCACGGAACCCUAAAUAUCACCAUGUGAAACCAAAGGUCGACACAGGCUGCAGUCUGGUACGGUACAUGGAGAGAAUGGAGGAGCUCAAGAAAAAUUACAGAUAUAGAAAAGGUGAACUGUUCAAAAGACUGAAAGUGUCAACAUUUGCCCAGCUGGUAAUACAGGUGGCCUCAGUGUCGGAACUGAAUGACAUGGCAGUGGAAGACCUAGAUGACAAUGUGACAAUUCUGUCAGAUGUGGACAUGGAACAGAACAACAAUUCUCCAGACAGGAUGCCAGUCUUUAGUGAGGAUUGCGACUCAGAGUUUGGGCUCUCCCCAAGGUCCACACUGCAAAGUCUGAUAAGCGGCGUUGGAGAGCUGGACAUGGAUAGAUAUGGACAGGGACACACAAACGUUGGGCCAAUAUCCAGCGCUAGAGUCAGUGAACAGCCCUACCCAGACUGUCCCUAUCUGCUGCUGGAUGUUCGAGACAAAGAGGAUUAUGAGCGUUGCCAUAUUAUCAGUGCAUAUAAUUACCCAAUUGCAACUCUAUCUCGAACAAUGGACCCAUAUACAAAGGAAGUGCUGGAAUAUAAAAAUUCUCCUGGAAAGAUUAUAAUUUUGUAUGAUGAGGAUGAGAGGAUAGCAAGCAUUGCCGCAACUACCAUGUUUGAAAGAGGAUUUGAGAAUGUUUUCAUGCUCUCUGGAGGGCUGAAGGUGAUAGGGCAGAAAUUUCCAGAGGGCAUGACCACAGGCAAUAUCCCGGUGCAGUGCCUGCUAUCUCCCACGGCAACCCGGAGUCUAGGACGCGGCCACCUUGGUCAGGGUUCAUACCCUGCUGAGAAGAAGUGCCGCUUCUCCUUCGAGGAUAUCAGUAAGAUCCAGGAGCACCAGGAGGAGAUGCUGGUUCCCUCAGCCUCCAAUGUGACCGUAACGUCGAAGAGCAGCUCCCUGUCGAAGUCCACCAGCAGAACGAGCCAGCAGACUCUCUCUGUGGCAGGGACAGAUGGCUCCAGGUCACAGAGAAGUCGUCCCUGGAGAUGAAGUACUGCGUUUCCUCUCUACCUCCAUGCUUCUUGGCUGUUGUUCUGAGUUCUAUGCAGUGUCUUUAAGUGCUGGCUCUGUCCACCACUUUUUCCCUGGAUAGUUAAAAUGUGUUGCUUUUAAAAGUGUAAAUAUUUUUAAUUGAUGAGUGGUGGCCAUAUUCAUUUUGAUGAAAUAUCUGCACAGAAUAUCCAGUGAUAUCACAUUUUUACAAUAAGAUACUGUUAGUUAUAUAAAGUAUUUUAUUUAAAUCUUCAUUACAAAAGUAUAUGCCAACUGUUGUCUGUACAUAAUACUGUCUGACUGGGUGUGAAUGUGAUCUGGCUGAAUAUCACUACAGUUGAAUAUGUGCCGUUUAUUGAGGGAAAUUUCCUUCCCUGUGAAAAAUGAAUGAUCCUUUUCACCACAUGGCAUGUCUGAAAUACCCUUAAAUGGUUCAACUACACUGGAUAAAUUUUAUUGACAGUAAUACACCUGUUUUUAUGGUACUACAGUCCAUACUACAGAACUACAGUCAUUUAAUUUGUGAACAAAUGUUUUCAAAAUAUGCAUAGCAACUACCUUAUAGCAGCAAAACCUACUGAUCCCAGAUAUAUUUUUUCUGUAUUUGUUCAUUGCACUAUUAUGUGGCAGGAAUUACAUAGUUUAUGCCAGAUAUAUUCCAUUUUUUCUGCUUCAAACUCAGUGAUAUACUGAAGCAAAUUUUGUUUUACAUAUAUCCACAUAGAUUGCAUACUCUAAAAGAUCUCCUAUUUCCACAUAGUCCCUGCCCAUUCUGAACCCACCCCAAAGCUGCAGCUGAGGAAGUAGGGUGAUGUGGAAGCCAGCUUCCUGCAUGGGUGUGUUUGCUCUGUGAUAUGGUAAUUCAUAGUUUGUGCACACACAUUUGACUGCCAGCUUUAUGUAUUGCUGUAAUGAUUAAUUAUUUUGUACAGUUUUUCUUCUGGAACAAAGAGCAGUGCUGAUACUGAGUUGCAACUAUAUUAGUAUUAAUCUACAGCUGCCAACAAAUCUAUGAAAAACUGCCUUGACAUUUUAAAAAAUGAAUAUAGUGUAUACUUAUUAGUCACAGUUUUGUGCAUGUCUGGUGUUUGGUGUUUUUCUUUGUUGAAAAGCUAAUAAAUCAAAAAAAUAUA